CGGUUAGGGCGCCGCCACCGCAGGGAUCAUCAUCGCUGCUGCUGCUUACACUACUUAACCAACGGCGCGACACUCGGGGACCCAAAAAACAUCACUGCGGCUUUUGUAUCGAGGCAUUGAACUGGACAACGCGAUGGUUGCACCGCGCGAGGGCGACGAUAUCGAGGCGUCGCGCGUGAGCUUGUCGUCAGCGACGUUUACGGAUGUGGACGCGGACGCGGGGUCUGAGAAACGACGGGGAGGCGUCAAGGAUGAGGAAAAGGCCGUUGCGGUUUCGGCGGGGGAGCAAGAGCUAGGGUCGCAGCAACAGCCUGCUGGGAAAGAAGCUGGGCAUUCGGUGAACGAUGUUAGCGCGGUGCCGAAUGGUGGUACGAAGGCUUGGUUGCAGGUCUUGGGGGCUUUCUUUUUGUUUUUUAAUAGCUGGGGCAUCACCAAUACGUUCGGCACUUACCAAACGUACUACAAGACUGGGCUGCUCGCCUCUUCAACCCCAUCCGCCAUCUCAUGGAUAGGCUCGAUUCAAGCCUUUCUGCUCAUGCUGGUCGGCGCGCUGACCGGACCCAUCUACGAUGCGGGCUACUUCCGACACCUAUUAGUGGUGGGAUCGUUUCUCAUCGUCUUCGGUCUGAUGAUGCUGUCCCUGUGCACCGUGUACUGGCAAGUGCUUCUCGCACAGGCGUUCUGCGUCGGCAUUGGAACUGGGUGUUUGUUUGUGCCCAGUGUUGCGAUUCUGAGCACGUAUUUCACGACAAGGCUGGCCACGGCGAUGGGAUUGGCAGCUUCGGGGAGCAGCCUUGGCGGCGUCCUUUACCCCAUCAUCCUGCACCGCCUCAUCGGCCGAAUCGGCUUCCCCUGGACCACUCGCGUCAUCGCAUUUAUAGCGCUCGCAACACUUCUAAUCCCCAACCUCUGCAUGCGGGUACGCGUGCUCCCCUCCUCACGGCGCGCAAUGCUAGACCUGCCCGCCUGGCGCGAACCACCAUACACGCUCUUCGUGCUCGGCGGCAUCGUCGGCUUCCUCGGGCUCUACACGCCCUUCUUCUACAUCUCGUCGUACGCGACCUCGCGCGACAUUGUCUCGCCCGACCUCGCGUUCUACAUCCUCGCCAUCCUCAACGCCGCCUCCUGCGCCGGCCGUAUCGUGCCCAACGUGCUGGCGGACAGAACCGGACCUUUCAACAUCAUCGUCCCUUGCGCUGCUAUCACCGGCACCCUCACAUUGUGCCUAAUCCCUGUUACGCAUACCGCGCCGCUCAUCGUCGUCGCGAUCUUGUAUGGCUUUUUCAGCGGCACGUUUGUCUCGCUGCCCCCGACUGUGCUGGUGCAUUUGGCGCCGGAGCGCUCGAAGAUCGGCACUAGGAUGGGGAUGGCGUUUGCGGCGAUUGCGUGCGGCAUUUUGGUUGGCACGCCCGUCGCUGGUGUAAUUUUGAAUGCUGUGGGGUUUAAGUACGUCUGGGUUUUUGGCGGUGUUACGACGAUUGCUGGUUCUUGCUUUAUGUUUGCGGCGAGGGGGUUGAAGCAUGGGUGGAAGUUGAAGCAAUGGGCUUGAGUGGGUUUUGUACUCGUCUUUUUUUUUUU